UUACCCCAUCUACUUUAACAAAUCUUAGCUUCGCGCUGGGAUCGUGAGCUCGGAAUCGAAUCAUGACAUGCAGCCGACAAAACAAAACAAAACAAAACAAAACAAAUCGAAGCGAAGCUGCAUGACAUGCUCCUACGCAACGGCAUUACGAAACGCCCCUUGACACUGCGGAUUGUGACAUGGGUGUUCCUCUUCUUGCUGCUGUACUGGAAUGUAGUACUAGUUCAUGUCGCAGAUGGCUACUGCACGGAGGAAGAGCAACGACAGGCAAUGGACCAGGACGUGUUUUACAAGUGCGUUCGUCGCAUUUCCGCUGCGGACGAGAAUGGCGAUGACUUGUUGGAUCGACACGAACUGACACAUUUUAUCAAGGGCUUUUCGUGGAGUCUCUUUGUCGUGUCGCCGUUUCCAAACGGAACUGGAACACUGAAGGAGGACGAAAUGAACGACUUGUUUGCGUCAUUGGUCAAUCUCACCGGACACCGCGUCAACGAGUUGGGUCAAGAUCGUAUUGAUGUCUACGGAAGUAAUAUCCAAGAUAUGCCUGAAAUCGAUCAAGAACGCUUUCAACUUCUUCAUGCUAUCUGUGAUCACGUGGUGCAAGCCUUUGAAGAGUACCAGCCACUUUGGGAAUUGUACCAAGAGGGAGAAACAGAGCCUCCCAAAUUCAUGGUACUAGAAAAAGUCAAACAGCAUCCGCUCGAGAACACAGCAGAUGAGGACUCAUUCAUGUACGACAAUGCCAAUCUCAACCUUGUCGAUGACGACGACGACGACCACCUUUUGUCGGUUCACGCUUCCUUUAUCAUUGUCAACUUUGAGGGACUCGAGGCACACGACUUGCCGCCGGAUAGCAUCUUUUUGACCUGUUUUGAACAAUUCUUGGAGACGCUCCUGGCCACCGAAUGUGAUCCUGCACUAAGAGGGAACGCAUGUUUGGAAACAGAUGAUGCCUACGAUCCCGACACGGGGAGUUUGUGUGGAUCUCACGAAGAGUACGUUCGGCGAAUAUUCUGUGGGGAGCUCGAGUUGCCGGAUGGACGACGACGAGGACGAGGACGAGAAAUACUGGCCAAUAAUGACGACGAACGACUCUUAUUAUUGGAAGAUCAUGCCAUUGAAAAUGUGGUGCUAUAUCGAAUUCAAAAUUCCAACUGUCCCAUUCCCAUGAUGUCUCAAGGAGAAGCCGGCAGCCAAGCGCCUCUCUGUCAGACCAUCUAUGCACAUUACAUGGUCCAUCUCAUGCAUCAGGACUUGGGCAUACUCUCGGAGCAACAGCGGAAGGAAUUGGAGACUGUGUACACGAACGUAACUCAGACGGCAAUUCACAAUGGAAUGCUACAGGAUAGCCUGCGACAACUGGUUCCUGAUUCGCCAUACUUUGUAGAAGGACAAGGCUUUCGACUGACGCCCAUGACACACCACCAUCACCAAUCCGACAAGGAUGAAUCAACCAACAGCAGCAGCAACAUCAGCAAUGCAGAACAUCCAACAACCAUGAAACACUACAGUCCCUAUCACCACCACCAUCAUGAGCGACUGCUUUUGAAUCAAAACAAGAAACCAUGUACACGUCGGUUCUUGCGUGGUAAAGCCGCCGAGCGGGGGUACGACGCAACUGUGAUGGCCGAACAAAUACAAUGAUCUUUCGGGUUGGGUGCUCGUGCUUGGAACGGACCGCCCAACCAUGGAAUCAUUGAUGUGGGUAUGUAUCAGCCAAGAGAAAGCGAUUUUCUGGCGGUUGUUCUGGUUCCUUUUGUAUUUCCUCGUCACAUUAUUGGGGAGACUGUUUCGAAUCGAAGAAUAAACACAAGACCUGUCAAGAAUACAAUUCAAUCCUUCUUUAUCGUAGCCGUAC